GCUCGCCGCCGCCGUGGUCCCCGGCUGCCUUGCCGGCAUCAUGAAGGCCAUCAUCCAGCGCGUCACCCGCGCCAGCGUGACAGUUGGUGGGGAACAAAUAAGCUCCAUUGGACGAGGCAUUUGUGUACUACUCGGUCUCUCUGUGGAGGACACUCAGAAGGAGCUUGAACAUAUGGUUCGAAAGAUAUUAAACCUCCGUGUGUUUGAAGAUGAAAGUGGGAAGCACUGGUCUAAAAGCGUGAUGGACAAGCAGUAUGAGGUGCUGUGUGUCAGCCAGUUCACUCUCCAGUGUAUUCUGAAAGGGAAUAAGCCCGACUAUCACAUGGCGAUGCCAACGGACCAAGCAGAAACUUUCUACAACAGCUUCCUGGAACAGCUUCGCAAAACGUACAAGCCAGAGCUCAUUAAAGAUGGCAAAUUUGGUGCACACAUGCAGGUACAUAUCCAAAAUGAUGGGCCUGUCACCAUAGAACUGGAGUCUCCUACAGCCCCUAUUGAUUCUAAGCAGCUGGCAAAACUCGAGAAACAACAACAGAGGAAAGAGAAGACCAGGGUGAAGGUGCCCUCUGAAUCUAGCAGAGAGAGGAAUGUUCCUAGAAGUAAAAAUGAUCCCAGCGCCAGCAGUGGAGCAGAGGGGGACGUGUCUUCAGAAAGAGAACCUUAACUUGAUCACAAACAGGGUUAGGUAAAAGCUCCAUAACAAGCUGCUGGUGACCUUCAGUACUCAUUAGAGGAUGACACCCGAUUCCUAUUCAGAAAUAUUUGAGGCAGAAAGCAAGAGAGAAACUGGAAGUUAAGGAUCCGCAUCAUGCUGUCUUCGCAACCAACGGAAUGUGGCCCGUGUCCUUUGCUAACGUAUUUAAAAGUGGAGUUGGUAAAUCACAUUUUUCUGUUUCUUGGGGUCAAUACUCACCUUGCUGCGGCGGUCAGUUCUGCAGGGUUGCUCCCCACAUCAAUGGGGAGGAACUGCACCCUCCACCCACACCACUCAGUCCCUUAAACACGCUCGUCCAAGUCGGUAUCUGUUCCACCCCCUUCCCACACCUCAAGCAUAACAGUCUUCCUGCUGAGCUGAGAGAGGGAUGGGAACCUGCUUAUGUCUCACCUUCCCUUGGAGCGGCUGUCAGUGCCUCAGGCAUACCAAGGCGCCUGCGUCAGGUCACCUGUAGAGACAAUCCCCUUCCCGGGUCCGAGGGCCAGAGGAUUCUGGGACUCAGCUGUUGUCAGAGAUACUUCAUGCACCUUAGAAGUGCAGCGCGACCCAGAUGAACGCCAGUCUUCCUUCUGAUUUCGGAGUUGGGAAAGGGGGCGGGGGAUUGUCCCAGAACCUCAUGCUGAUCUUUGGAGUCCCUUCUGAGUGCCUCAGAAAAUCACUGUGACCUCAGAAAUGGUGCACCACCCCUCGCUCCCCAUUGGGGUUUCUGGCACACAUGGAUUCUGACUGGUAAGAAGGCCGUACAGAAUUUGUGGAUCCCUCAUUUCUGGUUACAGAUGUGAUUGGGGUGGCAGGGACUUGACGUGGUGGGUUUUGGAAACCAUGCCACAGCCAUUUUUACGUAACAGCGAAUCUUUUAGUUUCAGCCAGGCCCUACAUUAUUGUGGUGCCAAGGAAGGUGCUGCAGUCUGACUGCUCCACACCACCAUGAUAACGUAAGAAACCCCAGGCCCUGUGAGAAGAGCCAUGUUUUAGAUCCUCCCAGCAUGUUGGAGGAACCCCCCCCCUCCCAGCCCCUCCCAGCACAUGGGAGAGGAACCGUAGCCGAGGCAUAGUGCUCCCCGCGUUGCCCGGAUGAUGCGUCAGCCCCCCAGCUGACAGUCCGUGAUAGGAAGAUACUGACUGGUAGUUUUUCUGUGCAGGUUGGAGCAGCUCUGGUACUACGGAUCAGGCGAUCCAUUUUGAUAAACUCGACUUUUCCCCUUGUGCUUUCACUUAAGCAAACUUUUAUGUGUGCACAUUGACUCUGUAUUUUGUGUGUGCGUGUGUCUGGCUGUACAAUUUUUAUGGAAAAUACAUGGGCAAGGCGCAUCUGCCAGUUAUUUAUUCUGUGAACUGUAUGUAAUUUGUGUGUGUGUGUGUCUUUUAAACUUUUUCAAGAAGGGGAAGAACUUUAUUAAUAAAGUGUUGC